AUAUUUUUAUUGCGCGUUGAAAACAAACUAAAAGGCAUCCAGCUCAGAAAUCCUGUGUCCCUCCGGCCACACGCUCUCGCUCCUCCCACCUCAAAAAGCUCCCAUUUCGUCCAGAUCAUUGGGAAUCUCCAAACAAAAAAAGUUUACACCAGGGUAGACUGGCAGAGGAAAAAUCUAAAGCCAUAAAAGCAGUUUCUCUAGAAAAAAAAAUAAGAGAGCGAAAAAUUGAAUAAGAAACUGUCAGAGAAACUGAAAAGGCUGAAGUCAUCAAAAACAAAAAAAAGGAAAGCACACCACAACCCCCUUCGCUCAUCUUCAAUGUCUCCUCCUUCCAACUAGACUUCCCUCUCCAACUCUUCUUACCUUCUCUUAAAGGAAAGAAGAACAACCCACAUCAGCUGCCAUCCCACCCUUAAAAGAAGACAAUAAAUAGCCCAUUAAGGAUGGCAGUUUGCACAGUCUACACCACACCUUCCCUUCACUCCCCUUGCUCUGUCUCCAACCCAACAAAGACUUCCUUUGGAUUCAACCAAAGGCAGCAGGUCAUCUUCUACACCAGUGGGAGGGGAAGCAGAAGGAGGGGAGGAAAGAAAAUUUCGGAGGCCCUCUAUUGCUCUGCUGAGGCUAAGACAGUGGUGAUUGGUCUGGCAGCAGACUCGGGGUGCGGGAAGAGCACCUUCAUGAGGAGGCUGACCAGCGUUUUCGGAGGAGCAGCGGAGCCUCCCAAGGGAGGGAAUCCGGACUCCAACACUUUGAUCAGUGAUACCACCACUGUGAUAUGUUUGGAUGACUACCACUCCUUGGACAGGACCGGGAGGAAGGAGAAGGGAGUGACAGCUUUGGACCCGAGGGCCAACAACUUCGAUCUCAUGUAUGAGCAGGUGAAGGCCCUCAAGGAAGGGGUGGCUGUGGACAAACCUAUUUACAACCAUGUCACUGGUCUUCUGGACCCCCCGGAGCUCAUCCAGCCUCCCAAGAUCCUGGUCAUUGAAGGACUGCACCCAAUGUUUGAUCCUCGUGUGAGGGAUCUCUUGGACUUCAGCAUCUACUUGGACAUCAGUAAUGAGGUUAAGUUUGCAUGGAAAAUUCAGAGAGAUAUGGCCGAACGUGGGCAUAGUCUUGAAAGUAUUAAAGCUAGCAUUGAGGCUCGAAAACCCGACUUUGAUGCUUACAUUGAUCCACAGAAGCAAUAUGCUGAUGCUGUGAUAGAAGUUUUGCCAACCCAAUUGAUUCCUGAUGAUAAUGAAGGGAAAGUGUUGCGGGUUCGCUUGAUUAUGAAAGAAGGGUCGAAGUAUUUCAGCCCGGUUUACCUCUUUGAUGAAGGCUCCACCAUCUCUUGGAUACCUUGUGGAAGGAAACUGACUUGUUCAUACCCCGGAAUCAAAUUCUUCUAUGGCCCAGACACCUACUUUUCCCAUGAGGUUUCAGUUUUGGAGAUGGAUGGGCAAUUUGACAGAUUAGAUGAGCUCAUAUAUGUGGAGAGCCAUCUAAGCAACAUCUCAACCAAGUUCUAUGGGGAGGUGACUCAGCAGCUGUUGAAGCAUGCCGACUUCCCAGGCAGCAAUAAUGGGACCGGUCUAUUCCAAACUAUCGUCGGUCUGAAAAUAAGAGAUCUAUAUGAACAGAUCGUUGCGAAGAAGGCAGCUGCUCCUGCAGAAGCAGCAAAAGUUUAAUGUUCCACACUGGCAUAGUCGAAUUCAGAUUUUCUUAUCAUGUUUGGCCUCCUAAAAUGAUAGCAUCAGUAUUUGUAUCUCAUGUAAUCUAUAUAGAAUCUGUAAUAUAGGAGCAGGCCAAAAGAAAUGUGGCAGAUUCCCCUCAGGUUGCAAGCAAUGGCUAUGUAGAUCACUGCUCCUUUCUUUGCAGUCCCGAUUUCGUUGGAAAUCAGAUGCCUUUGUCGAUAGAAGAAAUAUGUUUGUUCUCACUUGGCCAUGGUCAUGGUCAAUCUAUAAUUUGAACCCAUGACUCUUAACCCUGAA